AUGAUUGUGUUUCUCUCAGGAAUUAACAACUGUUUUAAUUUCCACAUCAUUGGGGAUGGCCAUCUAUAG